GCCUCUAGUAUCCGCUAUGGCGGGAUGGUGAACAUAUAAAGCUGCGUUUCCAACAUCAUCAUUUACACCAGAGAAGCCGAAGCAGCAUCAAGAGCAAAAAGCGACACAAACUUAGUUGAGGAAACAGCUGAAUAAUGAGUGCUGCACGGAGUCAAACAACACUGCGGUCCAAACUGGAGGCCCUGGAGUGUCACUUUACGUGGGUUCCAGACACCAGCAAGAUCCCUCUGUUACGUCUCCGCGACAAGCUGGUGGACAUCGGCACGGAGGAAGGAAACAGCUGGCUGGGUCACAUCUACAACCUGAGGGGCUUCAUUCAGUGCAAGCUGGGCUCCACCGAAGACGCCCUGAGUUUCUUCCUCCAGGCUGCAGAGGCCUUCGGCCAGAUGAGAAGGGCAGGUGAAGGUCCCUGGUUGGUGGUGAACUACGGGAACCUGGCUUGGCUGCACCACCUCCUGGGAGACCAAGCAGAGAGCGAGGCUUACCUUUCAAAGGUUGACGCCCUAAAGAAGAAAUACCCAACUCCAUCGGAGGACGAGCUCCAUGCAGAACUCUACGCUGAAAAAGCCUGGACCCUGAUGAAUUUCGGCACAAAACGAGAGCUGGUGUCAGAAUACUUCCAGAAAGCCAUCAAGAUGCAGCCAGACAUGGUGGAGUGGAACACCAGUCACGUCAUCGGGUUAGCGAGUGCUUUUAAGCAAAGCAGCCCAGGGCUGGAGGCUGACAUCUUUGAUAAAAUGAGAGACGCCAAGAAACAGGAUCCAGAGAACUUGUACCUCGCUGCUUUCUACCUUCAGCUACGUGCAAAGAAAGGGGAAGAUGUUAAAGAUGAAGCACGUGAGUUAGCCGAAAGAGUUUUAAGAAACCCUGUCAGCAGCUACAGUGGUAUGAAAGCAAUACUUAGGGUUUACAGAAAUGAUGCAUCUAUUGAUGAGGCCAUUCUUUUGGCAGCAACGGCUGUGGAAAACCAUCCAGAUGAGCGUUUUCUGAAGAGAUGUGCUGCACUAACUCUCAAAUGGAAGAUUGUUUUUUUCAGAGACAGUGGCGUAGAUGAGCGCAUGGUUGACAGAGCAGUCAUUCCCCACAAGGAGGUGAUUUCUCUUUACCCUGAUUCUGCACUUGCGAAGGAAAUGGACCUCGCAGAUAUAUACGCAAAGUCCAAUCGCAGACAGGCUGAAGCCAAACGUUUGUACGGAGAACUGCUAGAAAGGAAGCUGGAACCUGCAGAGAAACAGGUGCUUUACAACCACUACGCCAAAUAUCUCGUCUUUGAUCUAAAAGAUUACAACAAGUCAAUAGAAUAUAACAUGAAGGCGGCAGCAAUACCGAUAAAAUCCUUCUAUCGUGAGAACAGCAUUAAAGUUCUUGAGAAGAUUAAAAAUAAAGGCAGGAGCCGAAAGUGUAGAGAAAUAGAGGAGUGUCUGAAAAACCUGCAAGAGCCGUAGUGGGUUGUUUUUACAACCCUGGCCCUAAAUCUGGAGAGAAUAAAGGUAUCGCAUUACCUAAAAAAUACUUAGCAAUUCAUUUGUGUCCUUUAAAACAGAAGCUUUUCUGCUAGUGUUUGUUGAAAGUACUACACGCGAUGUGUAUGACAAGCUGAUUAAUACAACAACGCUGUCCUUCAAAUAACAUUUACUGUGGACCUGAUAUCACAUCACAUGGUUAAUUACAAUAGAUAUUGAUCAGAUGUAAUGUCCAUCAUAUGCCGGUUGUAUUUUCUUCUCGUAGCUGUGUAUUAAGUGUAUGUAAGAAUUUUAAUAAUACUACUAGCAGUAUAUGAAAUCUGCUUUGCUGUAUGCCUUUGGGUAGUGGAAUAUAGAAACGUCUCUAAUAAUGUAACAAAUUUGAUGGAGCCUUUAAGCUGAAUAUUACAGCCAGAUGCAACUGAUUGGAUGCAUAAAAUGUAUGUAAAUCUGUAACACAAUUGCCUAUUUGCACUAUUAAAUAUAAAAUGUGUACAGUAAGAAA